AUGGAAAAUCUAAGUUUGAACAAUGAAGAAGUUUUAUUUAACAAUGGAAAUAGUCAGACUGGCAAAAGAAAUGAUUAUUUGGAGUGGGAGGACUACUUCAUGGCAGUUGCAAUUCUGUCAGCCCAGAGAAGUAAAGACCCCGCAAAACAAGUGGGUGCCUGCAUAGUCAGUGAAGACAAGAAGAUAGUUGGGAUAGGUUACAAUGGCAUGCCCAAUGGCUGUAGCGACGAUGAACUGCCCUGGGUCAAAAAUCAAGCAGAUGAGUUGGACAACAAAUUUGCUUAUGUCUGUCAUGCCGAAAUGAACGCCAUAAUGAACAAAAACACGUACGACGUCAAAGACUGCACAAUCUACACUGCUCUCUUCCCUUGCAAUGAGUGCGCAAAACUCAUCAUUCAGUCGGGGAUCAGGCAAAUUGUUUACCUAUCAGAUGAGAAUAAGAACAAAAAAUCCAUCCUGGCUUCUAAGAGAAUGUUCAACUUGGCAGGAAUUUCAUAUAGGCAAUUUGAAUCAAAGAGAUCUGAAAUUGUCAUAAACCUGAGGCAGCCAGAGGCGCAUUAA